AUGCGCCUCGUCGAACACGACAGUCGUGGAUCGAGAGGGCGAGGCAGGAACUGCUGCUGCUGUUUGGUUGUGCGAAUCUCGUCGCUCGCACCUCAGCCAACGCCGUCUUGUUCAUCCCCUGAUGCCAUCGCUGCGGGCAGCCUUGGGGAGCAGGAAGCAACCGUCGAUCGUUUAUCGUUGUGUGCGUGUGCUGCGAUCAGCAGGAUGGUCGCGACCUCCGACGACGACUGA